UGUAAUCUCAUCCCCUCCCAUUUUUCUCUUUUUUAAAAUAAAAAACCCCAAAUUUUCUCUUCAAUUUUCUCUCCAACCAAACACCAAAAAGCUUUAAUCUUUCACCAGAUCUGAUCCAAAAUAAGUUUUGGAUUUGUUUGAAUUUGAUGUCAUCUCCAACCACGCCGUCUUUUUGGUGCUAUAGAUGCAGCCGUUUUGUUCAGGUUUGGAGACAAGACUCGUUAACUUGCGCAGAAUGUUAAUCCGGUUUCAUUUAAGAAAUCGAAAACCCACCGCACGUAAUUCUAACAGAAACAUCGAGUGACCGACACCGCAGGUUUUCUCCCGCUGCAGGAACCAUGUUCAUGAUCGGCAACCGCUCAAAUCCCCAUAACCGGAACCGACGGGGUGGUGGCGCUGGGAGCGGAGACCGGUCUCCGAUGAAUCCUGUAAUCUUGCGUCGUGGUGGGGCUGGAGGGGCUGCGGAGGACGUGGCGGGAGACGACGGUGGCCGAGGUGGUGGUGGGUUUGAGCUUAAUUACGAUGACGGUGGUGGGUCCGGGUUGAGGCCGUUGCCGCUGACCGUGUCGGAGUUUUUUUUGGGAUCAGGGUUGGAAAUAUUGUUAGAUCAGAUAGCACAGAUUGAAAGAAAUGGAGGGUUUGGGCGGUAUGAGAAUCAGCAUCCACCGACCUCGAAAUCCGCGAUUGAAUCGAUGCCUACGGUAAUUGUUAAUGAAUCCCAUAUUUUUACUGAAUCUCAUUGUGCUGUUUGUAAAGAGGCUUUUGAAUUAGAAUCCGAAGCACGGGAGAUGCCUUGUAAACAUAUUUAUCAUACUGAUUGCAUACUUCCUUGGUUAUCUAUUCGUAAUUCUUGCCCUGUUUGUCGACGUGAGUUGCCUUCGGUAGAUGGUGGUGCCGAUGGUGAUAAUGGGGUUGUGAGUCCGUUGCCUGAAGCGGGGAAUGGGCAGGGAAAUAACGAGGAGGAGGCAGUUGAAUUGGCGAUAUGGAGGUUACCCGGAGGAGGGUAUGCGGUGGGGAGGUUUACAGGGGCGGGGAGGGGAGAAAGGGAGUUGCCCGUGGUUUAUACAGAGAUGGAUGGUGCCUUUAACAAUGGUGGAUUGCCGAGGAGGAUAUCUCGGGGGUCUAGAGGGGACGGAAGGAGGGGAAAUGGUGGUGGGGGUAAUGGUGGUAAUAGACGGCUUGGUUUUGGGAGAGUUUUGAGGCACUGGUUUGCUUGUUUUGGCACGGGGCAGAGUUCGAAUUCGGAUUCGAGAGUUACAGGGAGCAGUAGGCCAUAUUCAGUUUUUAGCAGUUCCUCUUCAAUGAGGAGAAGAGACUGGGCUAGAGAGAUUAACAGUGCUAGGAGACGGUGCUUGUUACUGAAAUGUAUAUAUGGAAAUUUGAGAAUGACUCCAAUUGCGAGUUCAAUUCAUAAUCUAUCGAAAACUGAUGGUUUGAUGAAUUGUGGAGGAACAAUGCAAUCUCAACGAAUGACCUGUGAAGAAGCAUUAGGAGCAAGGUACCCGAGAGAUGUUUAGGGUCUGGCAUUUGGAGAGACAUUUUGGAGCAAGAAGGCACCUAAUUAUAUUGAAGUGUCUUUAGCUAGUUUUCAUGUAGUGAACUGGAGGCCUUGUAAUUUAUUUUUUUCUGUUUCCUUUUUAAUUUUUCGUUAUUUGGUAUUUGUAAGUUAGAAUCAGAACAGCAGUUGUUUUCCUUCUGUCAUUCUUUUUCCAAGAAAUCUAUAAAUUCCAGCACCUCUCAGUUUCAAGCA